AGCACUGACAUAGUGGAUGGAAAUCAUAAGCUCACUCUUGGUUUGAUUUGGAAUAUAAUCCUCCACUGGCAGGUCAAAAAUGUGAUGAAAACUAUCAUGGCUGGAUUGCAGCAAACCAACAGUGAAAAGAUUCUUCUGAGCUGGGUUCGACAGUCAACACGUAAUUAUCCACAGGUUAAUGUCAUCAACUUCACCUCCAGCUGGUCCGACGGAUUGGCUUUGAAUGCUCUCAUCCAUAGUCACAGGCCAGACCUGUUUGAUUGGAAUAGUGUGGUUUCACAGCAGUCAGCCACCCAAAGACUGGAACAUGCCUUCAACAUUGCAAAAUGUCAGUUAGGCAUAGAAAAACUUCUUGACCCUGAAGAUGUUGCUACUACUUAUCCAGAUAAGAAGUCCAUCUUAAUGUACAUCACAUCACUCUUUCAAGUUUUGCCUCAACAAGUCAGCAUUGAAGCCAUUCAGGAAGUUGAAAUGUUACCCAGGCCAUCAUCAAAAGUGACAAGAGAAGAACACUUUCAAUUACAACACCAGAUGCAUUAUUCUCAGCAGAUCACAGUCAGUCUAGCACAGGGCUAUGAGCAAACUUCAUCUCCUAAGCCUCGAUUCAAGAGCUAUGCCUUCACACAGGCUGCUUAUGUCUCCACCUCUGAUUCUACACAGAACCCCUUUUCUUCACAGCAUUUGGAAGCUUCCAGAGACAAGCCUGUUGGCAGUUCAUUGAUGGAGACUGAAGUAAAUCUGGAUAGUUACCAAACUGCUUUAGAAGAAGUACUCUCAUGGCUGCUUUCUGCAGAGGACACAUUGCGAGCACAAGGAGAGAUCUCAAAUGAUGUUGAAGAAGUGAAAGAACAGUUUCAUGCUCAUGAGGGGUUCAUGAUGGAUUUGACAUCUCAUCAAGGACUUGUUGGUAAUGUUCUACAGUUAGGAAGUCGACUAGUUGGAAAAGGAAAAUUAUCAGAAGAUGAAGAAACUGAAGUGCAAGAACAAAUGAAUCUCCUAAAUUCAAGAUGGGAAUGCCUCAGGGUAGCUAGCAUGGAAAAACAAAGCAAUUUACACAAAGUUCUAAUGGAUCUCCAGAAUCAGAAACUAAAAGAGCUAGAUGACUGGUUAACAAAAACUGAACAGAGAACAAAGAAAAUGGAGGAAGAGCCAUUUGGACCUGAUCUUGAAGACCUAAAAUGCCAAGUACAACAACAUAAGGUGCUUCAAGAAGAUCUAGAACAGGAACAGGUCAGGGUCAACUCGCUCACUCACAUGGUAGUAGUGGUUGAUGAAUCUAGCGGUGAUCAUGCAACAGCUGCUUUGGAAGAACAACUUAAGGUACUGGGAGAUCGAUGGGCAAAUAUCUGCAGAUGGACUGAAGACCGCUGGAUUCUUUUACAAGAUAUUCUUCUAAAAUGGCAGCGUUUUACUGAAGAACAGUGCCUUUUUAGUACAUGGCUUUCAGACAAAGAAGAUGCAAUGAAGAACAUUCAAACAAGUGGCUUUAAGGAUCAAACUGAAAUGGUAUCAAGUCUUCAAAAAAUAUCUAGUUUAAAAGUUGAACUAGAAAAGAAAAGACAAACCAUGGAAAAACUAAGUUCACUCAAUCAAGAUCUGCUUUCAGCACUGAAAAAUAAGACAGUGACUCAAACAAUGGAAAUCUGGAUGGAAAACUUUGCACAGCGUUGGGAUAAUUUAGCCCAAAAACUUGAAAAGAGUUCAUCACAAAUUUCACAGGCUGUCACCACCACUCAGCCAUCACUAACACAGACAACUGUAAUGGAAACGGUAACUAUGGUGACCACAAGGGAACAAAUCAUGGUAAAACAUGCCCAAGAGGAACUUCCACCACCACCUCCUCAAAAGAAGAGGCAGAUUACUGUGGAUUCAGAAAUCAAGAAAAGGUUGGAUGUCGAUAUAACUGAACUUCACAGUUGGAUUACUCGUUCAGAAGCUGUAUUACAGAGUUCGGAAUUUGCAGUUUAUCGAAAAGAAGGCAACAUCUCAGACUUGAAAGAAAAAGUCAAUGCCAUAGCGCGAGAAAAAGCCGAGAAGUUCAGAAAACUGCAAGAUGCCAGCAGAUCAGCUCAGGCCCUGGUGGAACAGAUGGCGAAUGAAGGUGUUAAUGCUGAAAGUAUCAGACAAGCCUCAGAACAACUGAACAAUCGGUGGACAGAAUUCUGCCAGUUGCUGAGUGAGAGAGUUAACUGGCUAGAUUAUCAAAGCAACAUCAUUGCCUUUUAUAAUCAGCUACAACAAUUGGAACAGAUGACAACUACUGCUGAAAACUUGUUGAAAACCCAGCUCACCACCCUAUCGGAGCCAACAGCAAUUAAAAGCCAGUUAAAAAUUUGUAAGGACGAAGUCAACAGGCUGUCAGCUCUUCAGCCUCAAAUUGAGCAAUUAAAAAAUCAGAGCCUAAGGUUGAAGGAAAAGGGACAGGGGCCAAUGUUUCUGGACGCAGACUUUGUGGCCUUUACUAAUCAUUUUAACCAUGUCUUUGAUGGUGUGCGGGCCAGAGAGAAAGAGCUACAGACAAUUUUUGAGACUUUACCACCAAUGCGCUAUCAGGAGACAAUGAGUAGCAUCCGGACGUGGAUCCAACAGUCAGAAAACAAACUCUCUAUACCUCAUGUCAGUGUUACUGAAUAUGAAAUAAUGGAGGAGAGACUCGCAAAAUUACAGGCUCUGCAAAGUUCUUUGAAAGACCAACAAAAUGGCUUCAACUAUCUGAGUGCUACAGUGAAGGAGAUAGCCAAGAAAGCACCUUCAGAAAUAAGCCAGAAAUAUCAGUCAGAAUUUGAAGAGAUUGAGGAGCGCUGGAAGAAGCUUUCCACCCAGUUGGUGGAACAUAGCCAAAAGCUGGAAGAACACAUGAAUAAACUUCGAAAAUUUCAGAAUCACAUAAAAACCUUGCAGAAAUGGAUGGCUGAAGUUGAUGUUUUCCUGAAAGAGGAAUGGCCUGCCCUGGGAGAUGCUGAAAUUCUAAAAAAACAGCUCAAACAAUGCAGACUUUUAGUUGGUGAUAUUCAAACAAUCCAGCCCAGUUUAAACAGUGUUAAUGAAGGUGGGCAGAAGAUAAAGAGUGAAGCUGAAGUAGAGUUUGCAUCCAGAGUGGAGACAGAACUCAAAGAACUAAACACUCAGUGGGAUCACAUCUGCCGCCAGGUCUACACCAGAAAGGAAGCCUUGAAGGCAGGUUUGGAUAAAACUGUAAGCCUCCAAAAAGACCUCGCAGAGAUGCAUGAGUGGAUGACACAAGCUGAAGAGGAAUAUCUAGAGAGAGAUUUUGAAUAUAAAACUCCAGAUGAAUUGCAGACUGCUGUUGAAGAAAUGAAGAGAGCUAAAGAAGAGGCACUACAAAAAGAAAGUAAAGUGAAACUCCUUACUGAGACUGUAAAUAGUGUAAUAGCUCAAGCUCCAGCCGCAGCACAAGAGGCCUUAAAAAAGGAACUUGAAACUCUGACUACCAACUACCAAUGGCUAUGCACUAGGCUGAAUGGAAAAUGCAAAACUUUGGAAGAAGUCUGGGCAUGUUGGCAUGAGUUAUUGUCAUAUUUAGAGAAGGCAAACAAGUGGCUCAAUGAAGUAGAAUUGAAACUUAAAACAAUGGAAAAUGUUCCUGCAGGAGCUGAGGAAAUCACUGAGGUGCUAGAAUCUCUUGAAAAUCUGAUGCAUCAUUCAGAGGAGAACCCAAAUCAGAUUCGUCUAUUGGCACAGACCCUUACAGAUGGAGGAGUCAUGGAUGAACUGAUCAAUGAGGAGCUUGAGACAUUUAAUUCUCGUUGGAGGGAACUACAUGAAGAGGCUGUGAGGAAACAAAAGUUGCUUGAACAGAGUAUCCAGUCUGCCCAGGAAAUUGAAAAGUCCUUGCACUUAAUUCAGGAGUCGCUUGAAUUCAUUGACAAGCAGUUGACAGCUUAUAUUGCUGACAAGGUGGAUGCAGCUCAAAUGCCUCAGGAAGCCCAGAAAAUCCAAUCAGAUUUGACAAGUCAUGAGAUCAGUUUAGAGGAAAUGAAGAAACAUAACCAGGGAAAGGAUGCCAACCAAAGAGUUCUUUCUCAAAUUGAUGUUGCACAGAAAAAAUUACAAGAUGUCUCCAUGAAAUUUCGAUUAUUCCAAAAACCAGCCAAUUUUGAACAACGCCUAGAGGAAAGUAAGAUGAUUUUAGAUGAAGUAAAGAUGCACUUGCCUGCACUGGAAACCAAGAGUGUUGAACAGGAAGUAGUUCAGUCACAACUAAGUCAUUGUGUGAAUUUGUAUAAAAGCCUGAGUGAAGUGAAGUCUGAAGUUGAAAUGGUGAUUAAAACUGGACGUCAAAUUGUACAGAAAAAGCAGACAGAAAAUCCCAAAGAGCUUGAUGAACGAGUAACAGCUUUGAAACUGCAUUACAAUGAGUUGGGUGCAAAGGUAACAGAGAGAAAGCAACAGUUGGAGAAAUGCUUGAAGUUGUCCCGUAAGAUGAGAAAGGAAAUGAACGUCUUAACAGAAUGGCUGGCAGCAACAGAUACAGAAUUGACAAAGAGAUCAGCAGUUGAAGGAAUGCCAAGUAAUUUGGAUUCUGAAGUUGCCUGGGGAAAGGCUACUCAGAAAGAGAUUGAGAAAAAGAAGACACACUUGAAGAGUGUCACAGAACUAGGAGAGUCUUUGAAAACAGUGUUGGGCAAGAAAGAAACCUUGGUGGAAGAUAAACUGAGUCUUCUGAACAGUAACUGGAUAGCUGUCACCUCCAGAGUAGAAGAAUGGCUAAAUCUUUUGUUGGAAUACCAGAAACACAUGGAAACCUUUGAUCAGAACAUAGAACAAAUCACAACAUGGAUUAUUCACGCGGAUGAACUUUUAGAUGAAUCGGACAAAAAGAAGCCACAACAAAAGGAAGACAUUCUUAAGCGUUUAAAGGCUGAAAUGAAUGACAUCCGCCCAAAGGUGGACUCCACACGUGAUCAAGCAGCGAAAUUGAUGGCAAACCGCGGUGACCACUGCAGGAAAAUAGUAGAGCCCCAAAUCUCAGAGCUCAACCGUCGAUUUGCAGCUAUUUCUCACAGAAUUAAGACUGGAAAGGCCUCCAUUCCUUUGAAGGAAUUGGAGCAGUUUAACUCAGAUAUACAAAAAUUGCUUGAACCACUGGAGGCUGAAAUUCAGCAGGGGGUGAAUCUGAAAGAGGAAGACUUCAAUAAAGAUAUGAGUGAAGACAAUGAGGGUACUGUAAAUGAAUUGUUGCAAAGAGGAGACAACUUACAACAAAGAAUCACAGAUGAGAGAAAGCGAGAGGAAAUAAAGAUAAAACAGCAGCUGUUACAGACAAAACAUAAUACUCUCAAGGAUUUGAGGUCUCAAAGAAGAAAAAAGGCCCUAGAAAUUUCUCACCAGUGGUAUCAGUACAAGAGGCAGGCUGAUGAUCUCCUGAAAUGCUUGGAUGAAAUUGAAAAAAAAUUAGCCAGCCUACCUGAACCCAGAGAUGAAAGAAAAAUAAAGGAAAUUGAUCGUGAAUUGCAGAAGAAGAAAGAGGAGCUGAAUGCAGUGCGCAGGCAAGCUGAGGGCUUGUCUGAGAAUGGGGCCGCAAUGGCAGUGGAGCCAACUCAGAUCCAGCUCAGCAAGCGCUGGCGGGAAAUUGAGAGCAAUUUUGCUCAGUUUCGAAGACUCAACUUUGCACAAAUUCACACUCUCCAUGAAGAAACCAUGGUAGUGACGACUGAAGAUAUGCCUUUGGAUGUUUCUUAUGUGCCUUCUACUUAUUUGACCGAGAUCAGUCAUAUUUUACAAGCUCUUUCAGAAGUGGAUCAACUUCUAAAUGCUCCUGAACUCUCUGCUAAAGAUUUUGAAGAUCUCUUUAAGCAAGAGGAAUCUCUUAAGACUAUAAAAGACAAUUUGCAACAAAUCUCAGGUCGAAUUGAUGUUAUUCACAAGAAGAAGACAGCAGCCUUGCAAAGUGCCACUCCCAUGGAAAUGGUGAAAGUACAGGAAGCAGUGUCGCAGAUGGAUUUCCAGUGGGAAAAACUUAAUAGAAUGUACAAGGAACGACAAGGGCGAUUUGACAGAUCAGUUGAAAAGUGGCGACACUUUCAUUAUGAUAUGAAGGUAUUUAAUCAGUGGCUGAAUGAAGUUGAACAGUUUUUCAAAAAGACACAAAAUCCUGAAAAUUGGGAACAUGCUAAGUACAAGUGGUAUCUUAAGGAACUCCAGGAUGGCAUUGGGCAGCGUCAAGCUGUUGUUAGAACACUGAAUGCAACUGGGGAAGAAAUAAUUCAACAGUCUUCAAAAACAGAUGUUAAUAUUCUACAAGAAAAAUUAGGAAGCUUGAGUCUGCGGUGGCACGAUAUCUGCAAAGAGCUGGCAGAGAGGAGAAAGAGGACUGAAGAACAAAAGAAUGUCUUGUCAGAAUUUCAAAGAGAUUUAAAUGAAUUUGUUUUGUGGUUGGAAGAAGCAGAUGACAUUGCUACUACUCCACUUGGAGAUGAGCAGCAGCUAAAAGAAAAGCUUGAACAAGUCAAGUUACUGGCAGAAGAGUUGCCUCUGCGCCAGGGAAUUCUAAAACAAUUAAAUGAAACAGGAGGAGCAGUACUUGUAAGUGCUCCCAUAAGACCAGAAGAGCAAGAUAAACUUGAAAAGAAGCUCAAACAGACAAAUCUCCAGUGGAUAAAGGUCUCCAGAGCUUUACCUGAAAAACAAAGAGAGCUUGAGAUUCACAUAAGAGAUUUUAGGCAGCUUGAAGAGCAGCUAGAUCACCUGCUCCUGUGGCUCUCUCCUAUUAGACACCAGUUGGAAAUUUAUAAUCAACCAACUCAACCAGGACCAUUUGACCUGAAGGAAACUGAAGUAACAGUUCAAGCUAAACAACCGGAUGUGGAAAGGCUUUUGUCUAAAGGGCAGCAUUUGUAUAAGGAAAAACCAAGUACUCAGCCAGUGAAGAGGAAGUUAGACGAUCUGAGGUCUGAGUGGGAGGCUGUAAACCACUUACUUCGGGAGCUGAGGACAAAGCAGCCUGACCGUGUCCCUGGACUGAGCGCUACUGCAGCCUCUGCCAGUCAGACUGUUACUCUAGUAACACAACCUGUUGCUACCAAGGAAACUGUCAUCUCCAAACUAGAAAUGCCAUCUUCUUUGCUGUUGGAGGUCCCUGCACUGGCAGACUUCAACCGAGCUUGGACAGAACUUACAGACUGGCUGUCUCUUCUUGAUCGAGUUAUAAAAUCACAGAGAGUGAUGGUGGGUGAUCUAGAAGACAUCAAUGAAAUGAUCAUCAAACAGAAGGCAACACUGCAAGAUUUGGAGCAGAGACGCCCCCAGUUGGAAGAACUCAUUACUGCUGCCCAGAAUUUGAAAAACAAAACCAGCAAUCAAGAAGCUAGAACAAUCAUUACUGAUCGAAUUGAAAGAAUUCAGAUUCAGUGGGAUGAGGUGCAAGAACAGUUGCAGAACAGGAGACAACAGUUGAAUGAAAUGUUAAAGGAUUCAACACAAUGGCUAGAAGCUAAGGAAGAAGCUGAACAGGUUAUAGGACAGGCCAGAGGCCAUCUUGACUCAUGGAAAGAAGGUCCUCACACAGUGGAUGCAAUCCAAAAGAAGAUCGCAGAAACUAAGCAGUUGGCCAAGGACCUCCGCCAAUGGAAGAUAAGUGUAGACUUGGCAAAUGAUUUGGCGCUGAAACUUCUUCGGGACUAUUCUGCUGAUGAUACCAGAAAAGUACACAUGAUCACAGAGAAUAUCAAUACGUCUUGGGGAAACAUUCAUAAAAGAGUGAAUGAGCGAGAGGCUGCUUUGGAAGAAACUCAUAGAUUACUGCAGCAGUUCCCUCUGGACCUGGAGAAGUUUCUUUCCUGGAUUACGGAAGCAGAAACAACUGCCAAUGUCCUACAGGAUGCUUCCCGUAAGGAGAAGCUCCUAGAAGACUCCAGGGGAGUCAGAGAGCUAAUGAAACCAUGGCAAGCCUUCAAGAGGGAAUUGAAAACUAAAGAACCUGUAAUCAUGAGUACUCUGGAGACUGUGAGAAUAUUUCUGACAGAGCAGCCUUUGGAAGGACUAGAGAAACUCUACCAGGAGCCCAGAGAGCUGCCUCCUGAAGAAAGAGCUCAGAAUGUCACUCGGCUCCUACGAAAGCAGGCUGAAGAGGUCAACACUGAAUGGGACAAAUUGAACCUGCACUCAGCUGAUUGGCAGAGAAAAAUAGAUGAGGCUCUUGAAAGACUGCAGGGACUUCAGGAAGCUGCUGAUGAACUAGACCUCAAGUUGCGCCAAGCUGAGGUGAUCAAGGGAUCCUGGCAGCCAGUGGGGGAUCUCCUCAUUGACUCUCUGCAAGAUCACCUUGAGAAAGUCAAGGCACUUCGGGGAGAAAUUGCACCUCUUAAAGAAAAUGUCAAUCAUGUCAAUGACCUUGCACAUCAGAUGACCACACUGGGCAUUCAGCUCUCACCUUAUAACCUCAGCACUUUGGAAGAUCUGAAUACCAGAUGGAGGCUUCUGCAGGUGGCUGUGGAGGACCGCAUCAGGCAGCUGCAUGAAGCCCACAGGGACUUUGGCCCAGCAUCCCAGCAUUUCCUUUCCACUUCAGUCCAGGGUCCCUGGGAGAGAGCCAUUUCACCAAACAAAGUGCCCUAUUAUAUCAACCACGAGACCCAAACAACUUGUUGGGACCAUCCCAAAAUGACAGAGCUCUACCAGUCUUUAGCUGACCUGAAUAAUGUCAGGUUCUCCGCUUAUAGGACUGCCAUGAAGCUCAGAAGACUCCAGAAGGCCCUUUGCUUGGAUCUCUUGAGCCUGUCGGCUGCAUGUGAUGCCUUGGACCAGCACAACCUCAAGCAAAAUGACCAGCCCAUGGAUAUCCUGCAGAUAAUUAACUGUUUGACUACUAUUUAUGAUCGUCUGGAGCAAGAGCACAACAAUUUGGUCAAUGUCCCUCUCUGUGUGGAUAUGUGUCUCAAUUGGCUUCUCAAUGUUUAUGAUACGGGACGAACAGGGAGGAUCCGUGUCCUGUCUUUUAAAACUGGCAUCAUUUCUCUGUGUAAAGCACACUUGGAAGACAAGUACAGAUACCUUUUCAAGCAAGUGGCAAGUUCAACUGGCUUUUGUGACCAGCGUAGGCUGGGUCUUCUUCUGCAUGAUUCAAUUCAAAUCCCAAGACAGUUGGGUGAAGUUGCUUCCUUUGGGGGCAGUAACAUUGAGCCGAGUGUCAGGAGCUGCUUCCAAUUCGCCAAUAAUAAACCUGAGAUUGAAGCCGCUCUCUUCCUUGACUGGAUGCGCCUGGAACCCCAGUCUAUGGUGUGGCUGCCUGUCUUGCACAGAGUGGCUGCUGCUGAAACUGCCAAGCAUCAAGCCAAGUGUAACAUCUGUAAGGAGUGUCCAAUCAUUGGAUUCAGGUACAGAAGCCUAAAGCACUUUAAUUAUGACAUCUGCCAAAGCUGCUUUUUUUCUGGCCGAGUUGCAAAGGGCCAUAAAAUGCACUACCCCAUGGUAGAGUAUUGCACUCCGACGACAUCUGGAGAAGAUGUUCGCGACUUCGCCAAGGUACUAAAAAACAAAUUUCGAACCAAAAGGUAUUUUGCGAAGCAUCCCCGAAUGGGCUACCUGCCAGUGCAGACUGUGUUAGAGGGGGACAACAUGGAAACUCCCGUUACUCUGAUCAACUUCUGGCCAGUAGAUUCUGCGCCUGCCUCGUCCCCCCAGCUUUCACACGAUGAUACUCAUUCACGCAUUGAACAUUAUGCUAGCAGGCUAGCAGAAAUGGAAAACAGCAAUGGAUCUUAUCUAAAUGAUAGCAUCUCUCCUAAUGAGAGCAUAGAUGAUGAACAUUUGUUAAUCCAGCAUUACUGCCAAAGUUUGAACCAGGACUCCCCCCUGAGCCAGCCUCGUAGUCCUGCCCAGAUCUUGAUUUCCUUAGAGAGUGAGGAAAGAGGGGAGCUAGAGAGAAUCCUAGCUGAUCUUGAGGAAGAAAACAGGAAUCUGCAAGCAGAAUAUGAUCGUCUGAAGCAGCAACAUGAGCAUAAAGGCCUGUCUCCACUGCCAUCUCCUCCUGAGAUGAUGCCCACCUCUCCCCAGAGUCCCAGGGAUGCUGAGCUCAUUGCUGAGGCCAAGCUACUGCGCCAACACAAAGGACGCCUGGAAGCCAGGAUGCAAAUCCUGGAAGACCACAAUAAACAGCUGGAGUCUCAGUUACACAGACUGAGACAGCUCCUGGAGCAACCCCAGGCUGAGGCCAAGGUGAAUGGCACUACGGUGUCCUCUCCUUCUACCUCUCUGCAGAGGUCAGAUAGCAGUCAGCCUAUGCUGCUCCGAGUAGUUGGCAGUCAAACUUCAGAAUCUAUGGGUGAGGAAGAUCUUCUGAGUCCUCCCCAGGACACAAGCACAGGGUUAGAAGAAGUGAUGGAGCAACUCAACAACUCCUUCCCUAGUUCACGAGGAAGAAAUGCCCCUGGAAAGCCAAUGAGAGAGGACACAAUGUAGGAAGCCUUUUCCACAUGGCAGAUGAUUUGGGCAGAGCGAUGGAGUCCUUAGUUUCAGUCAUGACAGAUGAAGAAGGAGCAGAAUAAG